UUAGGCUGGCGAGGAAUGACUGUCGCCUUUCCCCAGUGACGUCGUCAAAGUUCACCGAUCCCUCGGAUUCUCCAAUUUUCCCUCGGCCAAGACCACCAAUCCUGGACCUGGACAGCCCACCUUUGAUACUCAGUAUUAUUCAACUCUCCUUUCCAUUGUACCAGGUCUGAGGCAUCACGAAACUUUGGCCACCUCGACACCUCGUUGGUGUUGGAGCAAGUGUCUUGAGCCAUGGCUUGGGAUCACCUCUCCAUCACCUCAUCGCACCUGGUCUACAUUAUUCUGGGAGGUUUUACCUCCCUCUUCAUGCUAUGUUCGUCCUUCAUCAAGGAGCGCAUGUACAUUGGCGAGGCCACUAUCGCUACCCUCUGUGGUGUGAUAUUCGGGCCCCAUGCUGCCAACCUCAUCAACCCCUUUGAGUGGGGGAGCGUCGACAUUGUCACCAUCGAGUUCUCGCGUCUAGUCCUGGUUGUGCAGUGCUUCGCCGUUGGGGUUGAGCUGCCCAAGUACUACAUGGAAAAGCACUGGAGGUCCGUCACCUUGCUGCUCGUCCCUGUCAUGAUGUUUGGCUGGCUGGUUGUCAGCCUUUUUAUUUUCUGGCUGAUUGAGCCCCUAAACUUCCUCGAGAGCCUGGUGGUGGCCGCCUGUGUCACGGCUACAGACCCAGUCCUAGCCUCCUCGGUCGUGGGCAAGGGCAAGUUUGCUAAACGGGUACCCAAGCACCUGCGCGACCUUCUCUUGGCAGAGUCGGGCUGCAACGACGGCAUGGCGUUUCCAUUCAUCUAUCUGGCCCUGUAUCUGAUCCAUGACAAGCAGGAGGCCAGCAAAGUCUCUUUCCACUGGAUCGUCUACACAAUUCUGUACGAGUGCAUCUUCGGUGCCGUUUACGGUUUCAUCAUCGGCUACCUCGCUCGACAUGGCAUCAAGUACGCCGAGGCGCAUGACCUAAUCGACCGGGAAAGCUUCCUCGUUUUCUACUUCGUCUUGGCCCUGUUCUGUGCCGGAUCCGGCAGCAUCCUCGGCCUCGACGAUCUCUUGGUCGGCUUCGCUGCGGGGGUUGGCUUCUCAAAUGACGGCUGGUUUACGCAAAAAACGGAGGAGUCCCAUGUCUCCAACGUGAUUGACCUACUGAUCAACCUGGCAUACUUUGUCUACUUUGGCACAAUCAUCCCCUGGGAAACUUUCAACGACCACGCCAUGGGCCUGAGCGCCUGGAGGCUGGCUGUGCUCGCUAUAUUCGUCAUCCUCUUCCGCCGAAUCCCCGUCAUGAUGGUCCUGAAGCCCAUAAUUCCCGAUAUGAAGACCUGGCGUGAGGCUCUGUUUGCUGGCCACUUCGGGCCCAUCGGUGUUGGCGCUAUCUUCGUCGCCAUGCUGGCACGGGGCGAGCUAGAAUCCCACGAUCCGGUUCCCCUUGCGGAAAUUCCAAAGGAUUCCCCGCACCUCACCAUCAUUACUCUCGUCUGGCCGAUUGUCUCCUUCAUCGUCGUCGCCUCAAUCAUUGUACACGGUUCUUCGGUCGCCGUGUUUACGUUGGGAAAGCACAUCAACACCCUGACCAUCACCAUGUCGUACACACAGGCUAACGAGGAUGGCCCGAGUUGGCUGAAUCGCUUACCACGCAUUUCGUCGCAGUCGCGGUCGCAGGCAAGGACAAUGUCUGAUACAGAGGGUGAAGAGCUCAAGCUGCCCGAAUUUCCACCCGGCACACUGCCGCCAGUUGGCGUCCCUGGAAACUUCCUUCGUCGUGUGAAGGAGGAUGAGAGCAACAACAGUAACAGCCGACAAGGGAGUAGGGCUUCCUCGUUGGCCGCACGAAGGCGGAAGAAGAAGUGGGAUGAUGGCAUCGGUCCUGGUGGCCCCAUCAGCCAAUCGGCCAUCUUCCCCCAGCGUCGCAGCCAGAUGGGCCAAUUCUCUCCCACGCUGCCACGAGGCAGUAGUGACCUAACACGGCUAAGCCCGCAAGAUUCUGCACCUAUGUCCCCAACGGAGACCGCCCUACCUGGCUCGCCCAGGAAUGGAGAACUUGCUCAACUCGCAGCUGAAGAAGCCUUAUCCGAAAAGCCUGCCUCUGCCGAGUCUGCCGCUAACCCAACACAAGAAGGCAGGAGUGAGCUCGAAGUCUACGAUGAGGGGGAUCACAUCGUUGUCGAAAAUGCAGAGGGUGACGUGUUGGCCGUCAAACCUUCCAAUACCGAGAAUCUUGCUGAGCAAGCCAAGGCUCUGGCGAACAAACUGGAAUCGGAGGUUGGGGCGUCUGGCUGGAACUAUGAAGCAUUGAAGAAGAAGGUUCUGAAUUGGCGGGAGGGAGAGAUUGCAAAACGAAAGGGUAAAGAGAAGUCAUCGAGAAAGGGUGAACCGGCUCGCGCCUACCAAUUCGGCAGAACAAUCAUCGUGGAGGACGAAGCUGGAGAAGUGAUCAAGAAAUAUGAGUUACCAACGGAGAAGCCCCAACCUCACUUCAUGAGUCAAACUCUGAAGUACAUGGGAAUGGGCGUCCUCGGCAGAGCUGUGGACAAGGCUGGAGCGGCAGCAGGGUCACGAAGCGAAGACCAAGGCGGCGGCGAGUCCUCAGCGCAAAAACCGCAGAAGAAAAUCGCCGCGAACGAACAAGACGAUGAGGACGACAGGCAUAUCAGGUUCACUAUUGGCGGCGUUGGCAGGAGGAUGACCAAGGAAGACUUUAUCAGGGAGGUGCAGAAGUUGGACAAGUCCGCGCGGCGUGAGGUCGUCAAUAAGUCUACCGCGUCACAGACCAUCAAAGAUAUUGCGAAACAGGAUCUGCAGGUGCAUAAGAGCAAACCUCCUGGAGAGACAACGGCUACCCAGAAAGAUGAUUCCGAUGCUGCGGGUCUCAGCCAAGCGCGGCCGACUGGACAGGCGGGUGGCUCGGGUACUCCUUCAUCCUCAUCGUCAAUGAGCCCGGCCUCUCCACCAAAAUCCACGCCACCAGACUCGGAGAGGGAAACGGAAGCGGAAACAGCAGUGGAACGCAGGCGUAGGAUGGCGGCUUUGCAGGGAACAGACGAAAACAACGACGAUACGGGCGAGACGGCGGCAGAACGGCGCCGAAGGGAAGCUGCCCUCGGGAUGGGUUCAGGCCCGGCGGAAGAAGACAGUGAUGAUGACGAUACGCCUAGAGUGCCCCCUUCCCGGCGGGCCAUCAGGUUUGCGGACGCGCCCGAAAGAGGGCGAACGUGAAUCUGGAUAGUAAGCAGCUGAUAGCAUCGCUGGAGUAGGGGUAAUUGUUCUUUAUCAUGAGCAUGGUGAAGUGGACGUGGUUAUGGAGCACGGUGCAUGAAUAGCGAAGUCAGGGGCGGCACACGAUAGUACGAU